AUGUCGAAGCGAGGUCGCGGAGGUUCCGCGGGUAACAAGUUCAGAAUGUCACUCGGUCUGCCGGUGGCUGCGACGGUGAACUGCGCUGAUAACACCGGAGCUAAGAAUCUUUACAUCAUUUCCGUCAAAGGUAUCAAAGGAAGACUCAACCGUUUGCCCUCUGCUUGCGUUGGUGACAUGGUCAUGGCUACCGUGAAGAAGGGAAAACCAGAUCUCCGUAAGAAGGUGCUGCCGGCUGUUAUCGUUCGUCAGCGCAAACCAUGGCGCCGAAAGGACGGUGUUUUCAUGUACUUCGAAGAUAAUGCUGGUGUGAUUGUGAAUCCCAAGGGUGAAAUGAAAGGUUCUGCUAUUACUGGUCCAAUUGGGAAGGAGUGUGCUGAUCUGUGGCCUAGGAUUGCAAGUGCUGCUAAUGCUAUUGUUUAA